CUACGAAAAUGCGUGGACACCUACGAGCGCCUCUUCAUCUUUUCCGUCGCCAACAUGAGAAACAACAAACUGAAGGACAUUCGCAGCGCCUGGAAACACAGCCGGAUAUUUUUUGGGAAAAACAAGGUGAUGAUGGUGGCGCUAGGUCACGGCCCGUCCGAUGAAUACAAAGAGAAUUUGCACAAGGUCAGCAAGCAUCUGCGGGGAGAAGUCGGCCUCCUUUUCACUAAUCGCACCAAGGAUGAAGUUAUAAACUGGUUUUCUCAGUUCAGAGAGACUGACUUUGCCCGGGCUGGAAACAAGGCAACCUUCACCGUCAGCUUGGAUACGGGGCCCCUGGAACAGUUUUCCCAUUCGAUGGAGCCUCAGCUGAGGCAACUCGGACUGCCAACUGCCCUGAAAAAAGGCGUGGUGACACUCAUCUCAGAUUAUGAGGUUUGCAAAGAGGGGGACGUCCUGACCCCAGAACAAGCUCGCAUCCUGAAACUCUUUGGCUACGCAAUGGCAGAGUUUAAGGUGAUGAUCAGGAGCGUGUGGAACGCUGAGACGGGAGAAUUUGAACAGCUGGAGACCCCCACGGAGGACGCUCCAGGAGAGAUGGAGGAGGAGGAGGAGGAGGAUGAAUCUAAUGAAGAAAACUAGGGCAGAAGAAAUGCCAACAGACUGUUGUUUUUUAAGAGAUUGAUAACUCCUCUCUUUCUCAUUAAUGGAGGACUGAGCUAAUAAUUUAAGGAUAUUAUCACAGUAUGGCUUUUUAUAAAUGUGUAUAUACAUAUAUAUAUA